ACUGCAGCUCAGUUGUCGGACCCGCCAGCUGUUUCUGCCAAUCAGCGCCUGACCGUGUCCGAGAACUGGAAAUGCACUGCAGAGGCCAGAUGGGAUGUUUGGAUAAGAAGUUGGGAAAUGCUGGAUUUGGUGCUCUGGGGCCGUGUGUAACCUAAAACUAGAUGCGAUCGAGUGGCCAGCCAGAGAUUUGUUGCCAGAUUGACCUAAUCCCAAAAGGAUUUAAGCGUGACCAGCAACCAAAACCGGCUCUCGAUUUCCACACUAUUCUCAAGGGUGACAUCUUGUGCGCUCAUUUGAUUAUGGAGUCUCAGCAGUGUGAGGAGAGCUCCAAGACCGGAGAAGAAGCAGACACUGCUGUGGAUGAAGAACUCGCCAAAGCCAUUUUAGCACGCCAGUUCCACCCUUCCGUCAUCGGCCCGGAGACGUGGGAGGGUUACAUCUUCUCCGGUUUGGAGAUCCGAAUUAAAGAAUCCACGGACCUCUACGGAGCUGUACUCUGGCCCUCGGCUCUGGUGUUGUGUCACUUCCUGGAGACCAACCGAGAUAAGUACAACCUGAUGGACAAGAACGUGAUAGAACUCGGCGCAGGAACUGGUCUGGUCUCUAUCGUCUCGAGUCUUUUAGGUGCUAAGGUCACUUCCACAGACCUCCCUGAUGUGCUCGGGAACCUCCAGUACAACGUCACAUGCAACACAAAAGGACGGUGCAAAUACGUGCCCCUGGUGACAGAGCUAGUCUGGGGCCCAGAGGUGGAGCAGAGGUUCCCACAGCGCACGCACUAUUUCGACUACAUCCUGGCUGCCGACGUGGUGUACGCCCACCCAUACCUGGACCAGCUGUUGGACACCUUCGGCCACCUCUGUCAAGCGAACACCCAGAUCCUGUGGGCCAUGCGUUUCCGCCUGGACCCAGAGAACAGCUUUGUGGAUCGCUUCGGGGAGCGUUUCCACCUGGAGGAACUCUAUGACCUCCCCAGUCUGAGUAUUAAACUUUACCGAGCCUGGAGGAGGGACAAGAGAACCGACGAUACCGUUUAAGCCGUUGAUUUACUGGAUGGUUUUAUCAUGCGUCUUUCUGAGCCCGUGUACUCUUUUGUACGUUUACUACACCACGCAAAUAAUCACAGCUGACGGUGCACUGUCAGCAGUUUACCGAUUCUUCAAUAUUUAUCUAUUUAUUUGGGGGGCGGGGGGGUUGACAAAUGUGCCUCUGAAAUUUUUUUUAAAUGUACAGUAAGCUGUAUCUGAUAUUAUAUUUGCAAUCCAGUAUUAGUCAGCUACACACGCUAUAUCAAUGGAAGGUCUAUGCUCCAGCUGACUUCAAUGAACAACAAUGGUUUUUAUUUCAAACAUGUUUGGAUUAUGUGUUGAUAUUUCUCUAUGCGUUUUAGGGGCUGACUGUGACAUUCUUGUCCAAAAUGGCCUCAUUAAAAGUCUCAUUCAAAGU